AACAUGCCCGGGAAAUAGAGCACCGCCGUCGCGUCCACGUCCCAGCGCACUCCACAGUCUCCCCGGCUGCGCACCGAGGCCUGCCCGAGAAAAGCGAGAGGAUAAACGUGCGAGGUGACGAGGAGUCCUCCUCGAUCCCACCUCCCUUCUUCGAUCGUCAACGGUUUCUGGCUUACGCGGCAGGGCAGCGGCCAUCGUGAUCUCACCUCGCCCCCUUGCGCCCUCCCCGAUCAGUUCCUCUGUCCUCCUUCCCGGAACGGGGCUAGGCUCCUGCGCGCGAGGGUUUCCUCUGAAGAAAAGAGGUGGGGAUCAGAAGGAGGUUCUUGUUGCUUGAGAGGAAAAUGAAGUUUUCUUGGUUUUAGCCCACAAGUUUCAGAAAAGGAGGAGCUCUUGAGGUUGUUCAUUAUUUUUGCUUAAUCUCUGGGUAGCAUUUCUCUCCAACGCUGGUUGCUUGUCUCCGUUUGAUCCAACGAAUUAAUACAGCUUCUCUUCAAGGGGAGGGGGUCACAAAGUGCCUUCAACUGCUUCCGUACUCCAGCUAAUAUAGAUUGCACUGAUUUUAAAAGAAAACAAGAAAUCGAUCGAUCCACCUACUCCCUCCGUUCCUAAAUAUGGAGAAUAAUACUGAUGGAAUGUUUGGUACACCUGAGCAUAACUCACAUCCUAAGGUUCACAGCUUGAUGUGCAGUGAGUUGAAAAUGAUGUUGGAUAAAGUUACUUCUAUUCUUCCAUCAAUAGAAGCGGCUCAACCAGGAUGUAAAGCAGGCAUAGCGGAACUAUGUAAUCUGUACAGCAUAGUUGACAAAGGGAAACUUAUAAUCCAGAACUGCAUUGAGUGUAGUAGUCUUUAUUUGGCUAUUACAGGAGAAGCAACAGCAAUGCGAUGCGAAAGGAUUAGAAACUCGAUGAGGCGGAGCUUGUUCUUGAUUCAGAAUAUGGUCCCGUCCAUGUUGGCUGAUCAGGUUGCUGAUGUACAUAAUGAUCUCCGAAAUAUAAAAUUCCUUGUUGAUCCAGCAGAAGAAGAAGCUGGCAAAGCGGUCUUGAAGAUGCUUCGACAUUCGGAUGCAACCGAAGAACUUGAAAUGCAUACAUUCCUUCUAGCAUGUUCAAAGUUAAAUCUGACAUCACAGAAAGCUAUGUUAAUCGAAAGACGGGCAAUCAAGAAACUACUAGAUAAGAUCAAUGGCAACGAUCCCAAAAAGGAAGGUAUCCUCAGUUUUUUCCUGUAUCUAGUCAGAAAGUACGGAAAGAACAGCAAGCCUGAAACAGGUGCAAAGAAUGGAACUGUGAAUGAAACUACAUGCACAAAUGUAAUUUCUAGUGACACUGGUGCACGCAGAAAAUGCAUUCCAGGUGUGAACUCUGGGACUGGGAGAUAUGAUGAUCAGAAUAAUUUGUCAGGACUUGCUACACCACCUACAGAGCUCUGCUGCCCAAUAUCUAUGAAGCUGAUGCAUGAUCCUGUGAUAAUAGCCUCUGGACAAACUUGUGAAAGAGAAAAUAUCGAGAGGUGGUUCAGUAAAGGAUACGAUACUUGUCCUAGGACACAAGUAAAGUUAGAAAACUUUACAAUAACUCCAAAUACUUGUAUGCAGGCUGUUAUUUACAACUGGUGCAAAGAACAGAAGCUUGAAUGCACUUAUUUGCCCGAGCAAUUUCAUAAUUACUCCCUAUCAAGUUUGCACGAUAUCUCGGCGCCCCUGAUUGCUGACAAAAACUUUGAUUACAUGGUUGAGCAUAGCGGUUCAUCAGUUGCAUUAUGUAGUGCUAGUUACUUAUCAUCCCCAGUCAGGGAAACGGAUGUGCCAAAGACUAAUUUUACCAGGUUUUAUUCAAAUGUCAAUUGCCAGUUGUAUCUGUCCUUCUGCAACUUCGAUAAGGAAAUGUUUCUGAAUUUGUUUCAAGAGCACUCAGAGCUCCCGGUGGAACUGCAAAGGCAGGCUGUCAAAGACUUAAAAACUGUCCUGAAUAGUAAAAAUGAGGUUUGGCAGUCCAUGAUCUCCAAUGGCUUUUUAGAAGCAUUCCUUGAAUUUCUUAAGAAUGACAAUCUCAGAAGCACAUUACAAGCUCAGAAAACUGGAAUUUAUUUUUUCCUUACGUUUCUUUGCAAUAGCAGGACUAGAAUUUUAUCUAUCACUGAAGAUGCAGUGCGGCUGAUUGUAUCGCUUCUUGAUUCUGAGUUAAAGCUGGAAGCUUUGCUGAUACUUCAUGAACUGCUGCAUCAUCCAAUUUGUCGGGAAUCUCCUCUCAUGGCCUCGCUUGUGGCUCCUUCUGUGGUUGGAGCUUUGGAUACUGGAGACAAUGAGUGCUUGCAGCUCGCUCUAAAGAUGAUCUGCGAACUGUCAUCCAGUAAUGAUGUAAAAUCCUUACUGAUUUCUCCAGGCAUAAUUGCCAAGCGGUCUACAUUGCUCAGUGAAGUAAGCUUGACCGAGUAUUGCUUGAAGAUUCUGCGGAACUUAUGCGAAGUGAAACAAGCUGCUGAUCUUAUCAUCAGAUCAGAGCAUUGCAUCGGUUCCAUUUCAGAUCAUCUAGACACAGGAAGCCGCAGUGAGCAGGAUCAUGCAUCUGUUAUUCUUCAUACGGUAUGUUCCCACAGCACCGAGGCGGAUCAUUUUCUUGUGAUGAAGGAAGGUGUCAUCCCUGCCCUUGUUGAUCUGUCGGUUUAUGGAACUGAGGGGGCAAAAGCGUCUUCAAUCAAGCUGCUUCAAAUCUUGGGGGGCUCAGGGGUAGCUCAUGCUGUCGAUGCUGGAGUAGAGAGCUCACCCAAUGGGUCGAUCUGCAAACAGCCGAUAUCCAAAUCAGCUCGGUAUAUCUCAAGAAAGCUCAGCAUUUUCUCAAAACCCUGGUCACGAAACGUCCUCUGAGAACUAAGUGAAUUUUUAUUUUUUUGAGAAUCAGAACUUUGUGAAUUUGACAACACUGACCACCUGAUGCAAAUGGGAGCGGGUAGUAGUGUCCAGAUGAAAUGCUUAAUGUGGGUACUUUUUUGACCGCAAUGUAUUUGACUAGAGUUUGUAUUUGCACUUGUGUUUGUCUUUCUUUGCUAGGGUAAGAAAAGGUAGGUUUAGCUCAUAGGUCUUGUGUCAAAAAGGCUUGCACUCGGAUGCAUGCUGUUCGAUGUAACAGAUACCUGGAAUGUGUGUUGAUCACAGAAAUUCCAUGGGAGAUUUUUCAUUGGAACUAGAUCGAACAUGGGUUAUGUGAACAGCCGUA